GCGAAUAGUGGAGAAAAGAAAAAAAAAAAAAAAGUGGGGGGAGGAGUAAAGCUCUACAAAAUUAUUUUAUUAAAAAAAUUAAUUAUAAAAUUUUUUGCGGACGCGAGAGAGAAUUUAAUUCGGAUUUAAUGGCGCCGUUGAGAUACCAUCCUUCUCUCUCUCAAAGUAGUGUAGGCUUCCUUUGUUCCUUAUCGCCUCACGUUCUGGCUUUCUCUUUCUCGCUCCGUUGGCAGGCAGAUUUUCCAUUGCCCUGAAAGAGGCAACUCCCAGAGGGGAACAGAAUAUUUGCGGAGAAGACGAAGAAGAUAACAAGAGGAGGCUGGAGAUGAGAAAUCAAUCCUUAUCUACGACGGCUUGUCAUCACAUGUGGAGGAUUUAGGGCACAGGAAAAUCCAUGUGUCGAUUGGUUUUCUGGAAACCCUAGAAAUCUUGAUUCAUCUCCGUGAUACUCAAACCCUAGUUUGGAUUGUUGACGCGGCUGCGUCUCUCUUUGUGCCUCUGUGUGUGGUUUGUCUGCCCAUGCUAUUGGCCGUCGAUUUUCAUGCCGCCGGAGCCACUGCCUUGGGAUCGGAAGGAGUUGUACAAGGAGAGGAAGCAGGAGAGGUCGGAGUCCGCUUCUCUAGGCUCGGUGGCGAGGUGGAGGGAGCCGCCGCUGCAUCACGGGCCCCGCGACUUCGUUCGCUGGGGAUCCGUCGAUUUCCGCAGGCCUUACGGUCAUAGUAAGCAGGGUGGUUGGCACCUGUUUUCUGAGGAAUCUGGUCAUGGGUAUAUGCAGUCUCGAUCAGGUGAUAAAAUGCUUGAAGAGGAAAGCUUUCGAUCGUCCAUGUCCCGUGGAGAUGGAAAGUACAGCAGGAAUAGCAGGGAAAAUAGAGGUGGUCUGUUAAGCCAGAAUGAGUGGAAAGGGCACUCUUGGGAAACCACAGUUACAUCACCUAAUGCAGCAGGCAGGCAGCUCGAUGUAAAUGAUCAGAGGUCAGUUGAUGAUAUGCUAGGGUAUACCUCUCAUCCUCAUUCUGACUUUGGAAACACAUGGGAUCAACUUCACUUCAAAGAUCAGCAUGAUAAGACAGGUGCAAUCAAUGGCUUGGGCACAGGCCAGAGAUAUGACCGAGAGAAUUCGCUGGGCUCAAAUUGGAGGCCUCUUAAAUGGAUUCGUUCUGGAAGCUUGUCAUCCCGUGGUUCUGGCUUCAGCCACUCCAGCAGUUCAAAGAGCAUUGGGGUAGAUUCCCAAGAGGCAAAAGUGGACAUGCAGCCCAGGAGUGUGACUCCAGUUCAGUCUCCUUCCGGGGAUGCUCUUCCAUGUGCAACAUGUGUUGCACCCUUGGAAGAGGCAUCCUCAAGGAAGAAGCAGCGCCUUGGAUGGGGUGAGGGGCUGGCAAAGUAUGAGAAGAAGAAAGUCGAAGGCCUUGAUGAAAGUGCAAACAAAAAUGCAGAAUCCUUACAUUCUCUAGGUUCAAGUUUUGCUGAAAAAAGCCCUCGAGUUACUGGAUUCUCGGACUGUGCAUCACCUGCCACCCCAUCAUCUGUUGCUUGUAGUUCCUCGCCAGGCUUGGAAGACAAAUUAUUUGUCAAAGGAGUGAGUGUUGGUAAUGAUACUAGUAAUUUAAGUGGUUCACCAGAUCCUGUCUCGCAGCCUCGUCCAGAGCAUUUCCCUAUUAAUUUGGAGAAUUUGGAGCUUAAUACAAUUGCUAAUUUGAGUUCUUCACUUAUUGAAAUGUUACAACCUGAUGAUCAGAGUUCAGUUGAUUCUAGUUUUGUGAGAUCAACUGCAAUGAAUAAGCUGCUGAUAUGGAAAGGGGGUAUUUUGAAGGCCUUGGAGGUGACUGAAUCUGAAAUUGAUCAACUUGAAAAUGAACUCAAGUCAUUGAAAUCUGAAUCUAGAACCAUUUGCCCUUGUCCAGAAGCAUCCAGCUAUUUGCCAGCUGAGGGCAGCACGAAAUCAUGUGAUGAAAGAGUUGCUACCUCCAAUAUGAUCUCUACACCUACUCCCUUGCUAAUUUCUUCUGGGGAUAUAGGUGUUGAAAAAAUUGAUGAUUGUAAUGGUGCUUUGGAAGAAGCUCAUGCUGAGAUUAAGGAUGAUGAUGUGGAUAGUCCUGGUACUGCUACUUCUAAAUUUGUUGAACAGUUACCUUUGAAGAAUGCAACCUCUCCAUAUGACACAGUGAACAACACAGAAUGUUCUAGGGGGUUGGGUGUAACUGGACUAGAAGCAGAAGUGAAAUGCACAGUUUCUCAUUGCAUGGAUCAAAGAAUCGAUAUAUCUGUUUGUGAGGAUGCUAAUAAGUUCACAGACAGCAUCAGUGCUGCUCCUAAUUCCUGUGAUGUCGGUAUAUGUACAGAUGGAGAAGAUGCUUUAUGUGAUAUAUUGACAUAUAAUAAAAAUAUUGCAACUAGUUCAUCUGAAAUAUUUAAUAAGCUAUUCCCCAAAGAUCACAGCCAGUUCAAUAUUUCUGAAGCUUCCAACGCACAAAAUGAAUCAUUGAUUAAAGAGAAGUUUGCAAUGAGGAAGCGGUUCUUAAGAUUCAAGGAGAGGGUUAUUACCCUUAAAUUCCGAGCCUUUUUGCACCUGUGGAAGGAAGAUAUGCGGUUGCUGUCUAUAAGAAAAUAUCGUGCAAAGUCUCAGAAAAAGUUUGAGUUGAGCUCACGGACGUCACAGAGUGGGUAUCAGAAGUAUCGCUCCUCUAUUCGUUCUCGGUUUUAUUCACCUGGGAAUUUUAGCCUUGUCCCUACCACGGAGAUAAUUAAUUUUGCAAGUAAGUUGCUUGCAGAUUCCCAGGUUAAGCUUCACAGAAACACUUUGAAGAUGCCGGCCUUGAUCUUGGACAAGAAGGAGAAGAUGGUGUCUAGGUUUAUUUCCAGUAAUGGAUUAGUGGAAGAUCCCUGUGCUGUUGAGAAGGAAAGAGUUAUGAUCAACCCUUGGACUCCAGAGGAGAAGGAAAUUUUCAUGGAUAAGCUGGCUACUUUCGGGAAAGAUUUCAGGAAAAUUGCUUCUUUUCUUGACCACAAGACAACUGCAGAUUGCAUAGAGUUCUACUACAAAAACCACAAAUCUGAUUUUUUUGAGAAAACAAGGAAGAAGCUGGAGUGUAGAAAACAGAGGAAGUCUUUGCCUACUAAUACCUAUCUAGUGACAUCAGGGAAAAAAUGGAAUCGGGAAUCAAAUGCUGCUUCUCUUGAUGUGUUGGGGGCUGCCUCGGUUUUUGCAGCUCAUGCUGAUGAGAACACAGAUUACCGGCAAAGUUGUUCAGAAAGGUUAGUGGCUGGUAGGUUCAGUGAUUAUAAAAUGUCACGUGGUGAUGAUGACAGUUCAGAAAAGUGUAGCAAUUUUGAUACUAUUGUGAAUGAUAGGGAAACUGUGGCUGCUGAUGUUUUGGCGGGUAUAUGUGGUUCGUUAUCGUCAGAGGCAAUGAGUUCUUGUAUUACAAGUUCUGUUGACCCUGGAGAGAGUUACCAGGAGUGGAAGUGCCAAAAAGUGGGUGCAGUAACCAAACGGCCAUUGACACCUGAGGUUACAUGUGUUGAUGACGAGACUUGUUCAGAUGAGAGCUGUGGGGAGAUGGAUUCUUCUGAUUGGACAGAUGACGAGAAGUCUAUAUUUAUACAAGCCAUGUCAUCUUAUGGGAAGGAUUUUGCAAUGAUUUCACAAUGUGUCAGAACAAAGUCCAGGGACCAGUGCAAGGUCUUCUUUAGUAAGGCACGCAAGUGCCUUGGACUGGAUUUGGCCCAUCCUGUUGGUGGCAAUGGAGGAACACCGUCGAGUAAUGAUGGCAGUGGAGGUGGGAGUGAUACCGACGAUGCUUGUGUUGUGGAAACAGGUUCCGCUAUCUGCAGUAGUAAAUUGGAUGUGGAUUUGCCCCGUUAUGUUUUGUGCAUAAACCACGAAGAAUCUGUUCCUGGAGGGAGAAUGGACUUGCAAACUGACCUGAACAGUUCUGUGGAAAAGAGUUGCCCUGAGAAAGUGAAUCUUCAAGAUGCCGUGGCUAUAGAGAAGUUUGUUCCUGAUGAAUGUCAGGCAGAGGACGAGCCCAAUCAGAUACUUGAUGGUAAUAUAGAAAAUGGAGGUGUUAGUGAAUCUGUGCCAUUGCUUGUCCAGCAGAAUGCAAUUCUGUCAGAUGAUGUUGAAGCUAGAAGAAAUGAAGUGAUCGGACAAUGUGAUUCUGGGGUAGAAUCACCAUUGGCUGAAGAGGCAGUUGGCUCUACCCCAUCUGGAUUAAAUGCUGUGUUGGAGACUGAAUCUUUAGUUGCUGAUGUGUCUGUUAAGGGACUUGGAAAUGAAUCCGAGGGUGAGAAAUUUUUGUUGCUGAAAAAUAGUGUGGAUGAUGGACAAGAUGAAAAUAAAAAAUGUGAUGCUGACACAAGUGGCCAAACUGGCCUAUAUAGCCCCUCGCAAAAUUUAGAUGCAGCUGAAGAUACUUCUCACCUGGCUGUGAAAUCAAGCUCUAGUGGGUUCAAUUUUGACCCAGAGUGCCAGCUGAUAGUUUCUUCAGAGUUGGAUCAUACCCACAAGCCUCCUGUUGUCUCAUUGCAGCGGGGCACAUCUCUUUUAACUGAAAAUUCAGUGUCACAUGAUCCUGUGACCGUUCACUAUGAGAGAAUUAACCAAGAUUUAUCAUCAUCAUCAUCAACAUUUGAUUUUGAGGAGAUGGGGGAAAAGCUGUGUAAAAUGUCAUUUGCUGUAGACGGCCAUCAGCAUCAUACAUCAGAACAUCCUUCAGUGAGCCAUGUUGAAUCUUCCCAUAUUCUUGGGGGUUAUCCAUUCCCUUUGCCAAUGAAGAAAGAGGUGACGGAGGACCUUGGUGCCACAAGGUCUUCUGCAUUUCAAGGCUCACUGAAGGUUGAUGGGAAUUUUCAAUCUGGUUAUUUGGGACAGGAUUGUGGUUAUCUUCAUAGGUGUAGCAGUGUGAAAGAUCAGAGUUCAGCUGCUGAGCUGCAGCUGCUGUCCCAAAACUUAGAACAUAGUGGUGACCAUUCAAGGGCACAUGCACAGAGUUCGUCUGAUGCAGAGAAACCAAGCCGGAAUGGUGAUGUAAAACUGUUUGGCCAGAUUCUCAGUCACCCAUCAUCUUUGCAGAAAACGAAUGCUAGCACCCAAGAUACUGAUGAUAAGGUGGUUCAUCAUCAGCCUAAGGCAAUCAGCAAGCCUUUUAACUUAAAGUUCAAUGGUCAUCACAAUGUGGAGGGAAGUUCCAUUCCCUCAAGAAUUGACCGGAACAAUUAUCUAUGCCUUGAGAAUCUUCCCAUGAGUUAUGGAUUCUGGGAUGGGAAUAGAAUACAAACUGGGUUUUCAGCUUUGCCUGAUUCUUCAAUCUUGCUGGCUAAAUAUCCUGCAGCAUUUGGGAGUUAUCCAGCAUCUGUAUCCAAAAUGGAGCAGCAGCAACAGCCGUUGCAGGCCCUUGUAAAGGGUACAGAACACAAUUUGAAUGGUGUGACUGUUUUUCCAACAAGAGAAAUGAGUAGCAGCAAUGGAGUGGCGGAUUUUCAGAUGUACAGGAGCCGAGAUGGUACUAAGGUGCCACCGCCUUUUGCAGUAGAUUUGAAGGAGAAGCAAGAAAUCUACCCGGAGGUGCAAAGGCGAAAAGGGUUUGAAGCAGUGUCAAGCUUGCAGCAACAGACGAUGGGGGGAAUGGUUGGAAUGAAUGUUUUAGGGAGGGGAGGGGGGAUUCUUGUGGGAGCCGGCACUGGCGUAUCGGUCUCAGACCCGGUGGCAGCCAUUAAAAUGCACUACGCCAACAAGACAGACCAGUACAGUGGGCAGGUUCAGGUUGGGAGUGGGAUGAGAGAGGAGGAAUCGUGGAGGGGGAAGAAUGUGGGGGACAUAGGCAGCAGGUAGUUGGUAUAGCGGGUCUGAGAGAGGGCCUUAUUCUUUGAAAGGGCCCUCAGCCUCAGCGGUGAGAGUGUUGUAUCUUUUCUUUUGCCGCCAUUGUGUAUUAUAGUUUUUGUAACUUUUGCAAUGAAAUGAAAAUGAUUUAGGGCAGUGGACGGUUUUCUCA